GUCCAGCUUCGAGGCGUGCCUUCCAGUCUCAGCUUCGAGAAAGCUCGUCGCCGCACGCCGCCCCGCCGGGAAGGAAUCGCCCCCAAAGCGCCCGCGUACACCGGAGGAUCAGCGCACGAGAAGGGCGGGAGCAGCCACCACUCGCCGCCGAUGGAGAGGGUCGUGGUGGUCUCCGAGGACGCCGCCGCCUCGGUCUCCUCCGCCCCGUCCUCCUCCUUCGCGGAAACCAGAGUCAUCUGCCGCGUAUGUCAGAAGCAGUUCGCGCAGUACACCUGUCCACGCUGCAACUCCCGCUAUUGCUCUCUUACAUGCUACAAGGGGCAUAGUGUGCAAUGCACCGAGUCUUUUAUGCGUGAGAAUGUUACAGAGGAGCUUAAGCAGAUUCAGCCUGAAGAUGAAUCAAAAAGGAAGAUGCUUGAUAUACUCAGAAGGUUCCACUUGGAAGAAGAAAUGGAGUCCGAUGGUGAAGAUGAGUCAAUGUUGUCAGAGGAGCUUAUUCAGAAAGCCAUCUCUGGUGAUGAAAUCAAGCUUGAGGACCUCUCUGAUGAUGAAAUCAAACGAUUUCGGCAAGCUCUGGCCUCUGGUGAACUCAGCAAGAUGAUUGAACCAUGGACUCCAUGGUGGAAAAAUCCUUCUGCUAAAUCGAUCUCUCUCAGUCAUGAUGGGAGCCAGCUUAUCAGACAAAUAAGUACAGACGAUACUACUUUAUCAGAUCCAGUGACCGCCUCAGAGUCUUUCAUCAAUGAAAUACCAGAAGGGCCAGAAUCUCCUCUCCCAUCACUCAAACAGCUAACCAGGGCUGAGCCAUCUCCUCUGCUCACUGUUCACUUGGUUGAUAUUCUCUACAGUUACUGCUUCACGCUUCGCCUCUACAAUGGUGAUUGGCAGUCUGAUCUUUUGGGUGCUUCAACUGUUGCCUUGUCUAUGUCGAAAGUCAUGGGGGACGGCGCUAAACCUGAGGCAGUAUCUGAAGCGCUCACGACGUGCAUAGAGGAGACAUGCUCUCCUGUUUACCGACACACCGGAGGUUUCAGGUUUGCUAUUGGACUUGUGGAUGAUAUCGUCAGAAUCCUCUCCCUAGGAGGCAAUGCAGUGGUUUGUGCAUUGUGUGACUUCCACAGGCUCAUCCAAGCUGGCGAGAGCAUCCUCAAGGAAGACAAAAUGGGUGAGGCAGAAAAGGCGCGGAGCUUCAAAAAGCUCCAUGCCGCCGGUAGGAAGCUGUUCUUCAUGACAUGCUGGGCUCAUGAGCAGCCAAGUGAGGUGUGGCCGUCGUUGGCUCGCAUCGUUGAGGUGCAGAAAGCAGCUCUUGAGGAGCUGGACGGUGGAAGCGGACUGAGGAAGGCAGGUAGAAAGAACAACCCGCAGUCCAAGGUUCUUAUUGAGGAGGUGUAAGCCUGUCAACGCAGUACUGCUGGAAUAACCACACUUCGUUGUUUCGGCACCUUGUGGUAUCUCUCAGCUGUAUCAUUUGAUCCUUGUUUUCUUCACCUUCAAGUGCAGUGGCUUAAAUGUAUAAAUUGUCAUCUUUGGAAGAUGUGACAGUUUACAUUUCUGAAGUUCUGAAGUUCUGAUAUUAAGGCGACCUGAUUAAUCACA